AUGGGCUUGGGCGCCAGGGCGGGCAGCCAGCCCCCAGCUGGCGGUUGUCGAGACAAAGUGGGUCGCAAGUUGCUGCCACAUGGAGGCCAGUCCGCUGAGGUGCCCGCGGCCCAGAAGCAGCAAGAGGCCCCGUCUGCCCCAGGCGGGGCCAGCGAGGAGGCGGUGGCGGCCUGCCUGGCAUUGCUGGCGGACAAGGGCGUGGUCAUCAGCGACGAAGAUCGGGCAAAGCUGGCCCCGAAGCCGCCUGCGAAGGAGGUCAAGCCCAAGACCUACCCGCAGGUGCUGCAGUCCUGCAUCUGGAAGCUCGAGAAGCCGGACAAGCAGGCGGCGGCGAAGGAGGCAGCGCACAAGGAGGCGGCCGAGCACCUGGAGCAGGCGAAGGCGGCCGUGGAGGAGGCUGAUGCAGUCCUCGAGGCGGCUCGCCAGCGCCAGGCCGAGGGCCGCGAGGCGUUGGAGCAGGCCGAGCGGAUGCAGCAGGCUGGGCUGCCGCCUGGCUCCAACUCGGCCUGGGGCGUCGAGCUGGCCAAAGCGAUCGCUGGGCCGGAGGCCCUCGGAGCCAUCGCCGCCGACGGAGACGAGGCAGCCGGCCUCCAGGCCUCACGCGCGGUCCUGCAGCGGAAGGUCGACGCCAUCAGGGCCGAAAUCGAGGCCGAGCGGGUGGCGGUGCCCAGCGGGAACGUGCCCAUGGGCGGCGAGCGGAGCGGCCACCCCGCGGGCUCCGAGGGCGCGGGCGGCGACCACGUGGCCUUCUUUGCCCGGGUCGACCAGUUCGAGGGCGAGAACCUCACUACACGGCCAGAGAACGUCGAGGGACUCCUGGACCUGACCGCCGAGCAGCAGCAGAAGGCGCAGCUGUUCCUCCUGCUGUCCUCCAAAGACGCCACGCCUCCUGCACCCGCGGUCCAGCCUCCCCCGUCAGCAUACCCGGCUCCAGGUGGUCAAGGCCCAGGAGCGGCGCCCAUGGGUGGUUCGGAGGCCGCUGAGAAGGAGUUCGAGGCGCACCAGGAAUUUCACGGGCCUCAGAGCCUGUGCAACCUGGAGUGGUGGAGCAGUGCGGGAGCCAACGGCCUCAGCUGUCUGUAUACAUCCACCGACGCCUUCCUCCUCAACCAGGCGGCCACCCUCCAGGACGCGCCCUGCUCGCUGAAGGUCGCCAUCGGGGAGGCCUCUGAGGCCGCGGCGCAGGCCGUUCUGGACGCAAUCAGCGACAGGGAGGAGUUGGGCGCGGGGCAGUGUUUCGUUGCUUUUGACCGCAUGAUCUUCGGAGAGCUCGUCGAGAAGGGCGACGUGCAACAGCACGCCGUGGCCGAGAGGAUCGCGUCACGCCUUCGGGCGCCAGCGGCAGACGCGCUGCGGGCCUUCGCGCAGCAGCAGCAGCAACACCCCCUGGAGGCUGCCCUUCAAUACGUUCUCGAGGGUGGCCCAGACCUCGCCGCCGCCGCGCAGCUCUGGGACGACGCCCAGACGCACUCUGCGAGCGCGUGGGCGACGACGCCCCGGAGCUCCUGGGGCUGGGCGACCGGCACGCGCACUGGCGCGGAGCGGCUGCUCUUCCACGCGCAGCUGUACUGCUGCUUCGCGGCCUCGCAGUUGGACGGGGGGCUCGAGCUCGUGGUCGUGGACACCGGGCUCAGCGGGCCGUCUCCGAUGCUGCGGCGCCUCGCCGAGCAGGACGACCGCGUGGUCUACCGCCACUUUGCGGUGCCCAGCCACGGCUGGCCCGUGGGGCUCAAGCGCAACAGCCCGCAGGCCCUCAUUGUCGCCCGCAGCUCGCAGGUGACGGGGUUCAACGCAAACCCUGCCGCCGUCGCCUUGCACCUGUCGCUCGCGCCCGUCGUGGCCCACUUCGACGACGACGACCUCUACGCGCCGGAGUACCUGGCAAGAAUGUUAGACGCCAUGGGCGACGCAGACGCCGUCACGCUCUCCAGCUGGUUCGUGUUCGACACUUUGACGGGCAGAUUCGCGCAGGUGGACCCGCUCGCAGAGUUGUUCUACGACCGGGGCCCGCCCGCCCCCCCGAGCCCCCCGCUUGCGCCUCUGCGGCCCCCGCCGCCCGUCGCCGGAUGGGCCGAGCCCGAGCCCGCCGAGCCGUCCCUGUCGGACCGGCCGCUGGAGUUCCUCUGGGAGCACUCGGGCGACGCGGCGGGAUGGAGGACGGUGCUGUGGGACGAGGGCCGCCGGUGCUUCAGCUUCUGCCGGCGGUCGGUGCUGCCCCCGGACGCCUCGUGCUGGUUCUUCUCGCAGCUGCAGGCCUGCGUUCCCUGGCAGGCGCUGCUCCUCCGUGCGAAGCGCGGCUCUCGCUGCCUGGCGGACCCUGGCACCAGCGGCAUUCCCAUCGUGCGCCACACCGCGUGGUACACCCGCGACCGCCGCUGCCGGUGCGAGUACACCUACGGCAUGGGCGCCCGCGUGCCGAGCGCCGGGGAGGUGCGGGGCGGCGCCUUCGGGCAGGUGAUGGAGCAGCUCUUCGCCUGCGUGUUCGGCGCGGCCUUCCCCGGGCUGCCGCCAGAGGCCUGGCCAGACUGCGCUAACCUGAACCUCUACGAGGACGGGUCCCAGGGGGUUGGUUGGCACGCCGACGACGAGCUCCUCUUCCAGGGGGCCACCCACGACUGCCCCAUCUCGAGCCUCGGCGGCACCCGGGAGUUCUGGCUCGCCCAGAAGCUGCCGAGCGGUGCCCCCGACGUGCGACAGGGCGUCGUGGAGGUGGACCUGGGCGACGGGGACCUGAUCACCAUGGAGGGGCUGACGCAGAAGCACUGCAGCCACGCCGUCCCGUUUGCCAGCCCGCAGGACGCAGACCGGCAGCAGCCGCGAAUCAACGUCACCUUCCGCUGGCUGCGCGUCCACAAGCUCAACUGCCCCCUGGCCGUCGUGGGCGAAGAACGUAUCCUUAUCGCAGAGGGCGUCUUUGGCUCGCCGCUCGUGAGGGCCGCCCUGGCGCGCUCCGAGCGCGCCGCCGGCGGCGACGGCGCCGACGGCGCCGCGGGCGCCGGCGGCCCUGUCGCCGCCGCGCCCGGGGGGGGCGCGGAGGGCGCGAGGCCCGCGGGCGUGCCCGGCGUCCCGGAGAGGAGAAAAGAGGAGCUGGUCACGGACGACGGGGUAAAGGACUGCCCCACCGCCAUCGUAGACGAGAAGGUCGUCGGCGCCGUCUUCGACGACGUGAGAGACCAGCCCCGGGCGCAGGCGGCUGCGGACCGCGACGGAGCUGGACUGGAAGGGGGCGCAGAUUUGAAAGGCCGGGGCGCCUCGUCCAGGAUGAGGUAUCUCGACGCCCUCGGCGGCGAGGGGGCCUGCUGCGAGCGCGGCCCCGGGGCGCGCGCAGGAAGGGCCGCGCGGAGAGAGGAGACCGCUGGCACGGGCUGUCUGAGCGGCGAUCUUUGGCGGGAGAUGGGAGAGGCCAUCCGCGCGAGGGAAGGAGGUGGGAGUUCCAUCGGGAUGUUCCAGCUGGACAGCCACAUGACCGAGCAGGGGGCAGAGGCGAAGGGCGUGCCUAGACGCAUCUGGGCGGGGAACAAGGCGGCCGACGAGCAUGCAGAUGCUGGGGCGCGUCUGUGCGCGAUAGACGACGCGCGCAUGGGCGCCCGCGAGUGGGCGAGAGCGGCGGUCAGCCUGGUCAGGGCGCGCGUCGCGGCCACGACAAAAGACGCCCUUGCCAGAAGGUGGCAGGGCGAGGGGCGCAGAGGCCCCCCGCCCUCGACGGCGCUGACGGUCACCAAGCACGGCGUGCAAUCCACGCGCCAGCUGGGCAGGCUGCUGGGCUGCGACCGCUGGGGCUGCCCGUGGGACCUGCAGGCGGGCGUCGCCGAGCUGUCGCCCGAGAGAGUGGCGGACAGCAGGCUCCGCUUCCUGUCGGCCGUGGCCGCUCUGGAGGCAUCCGGCGGCCUCCAGAGGCCCGACGAGGGCCAAGAGCGUCAGAACAUUUCCCUGCUCGACCCCCCGAGGUCCCGCUUCCUGGCCGCCGCGGCCGCGGAGGGCGCCAUCGUCCCGAAGGGGGAUUUAGAGGCCACGUUCGAGGGGUUCGUCGACUGCAUGCCACCAGGCUCGAGGCGACUCGAUCAGUUUGCUUCUCUUCCCGAGCUCCAGCGUCACAUUCGAGAGGUGCGCGCGCCUCCGCCUCCUGGCCUCGUCUCGACAGAGUGGGGUGGACCUGGCGCCCCGUGCCAUAGUCAGAAGCCCGCGGAGCUCGACGACGCGCUGCGGUCUCGCAGCGGAGACAGAGCGGAGACAGAGGCGCGCGGGGGCGGCGCGAGAGACGCCAGCCAGUGGGAGGCCGAGAACGCGGCGAAGAAGCGUUUCCCCGCGCUCGUCCGCGCAGCCCUGAAGAACGCACAAGGCCUGGCGGCUCUAGAGGCAGCGAUCUACCACAUUAUGCACCUCGACCGAGAUCACCAGGGACGCAUGGCCAUGAGGGCGACAGCCAAGUACUACGUGGACGAGGCCAACAGUAUCAGGCGCGACAGCCAGCAGCAGCUUCGAGACCACCAGCCCGCGCCAGAGCUGGACGCACUAGGAGUCCCACAUCCACAUCUGCGGCUCGCGUUGGUAGGCGGAGUCGCCCAGCAAGGAGAGCGCAUAGGGGCCGUCAACCACGCCGCGCUGAAGCAGCUCAUGGACCAGAUCGAGGGCGACCCGGCCAUCGCCAACGAGACGCUCUGCAUGCAAGUCCGCCACUGCAGGAUCUCAUUCGCACGCGAUCGCGAGCUGAUGAAUAUUCUCGUCGUGGCUCGUAACGCUGGCGUGCAGCUGCAGUUGCUAGACUCCAUACAGCAGCUCGGGGCCAAGCUCAUGAACGGGGGCACCGCCACGCUCGCACCAGACGCGGAGGGAGGGAAGCCAGCUGUGCACCGUGGGAUCGAUGACUCGCACUCCGUGUCGCCAGAUACAUCCGCCCAGUACAACACAGACUGCGCCAUCGACUUCCCAGAGGCUAGCGCCUCCUACCCCGAGGGGUGGCCGGCGGCGGGCGCGGCCGCGCCGGGUUCGCCGCCGCGCUGGCAGCCCUGCGACGGGUGCGGGCACGCCUGCUACGGGCGCGGCAGGGCCUGCGUGGAGGCCGCGGGCGAGUGCUCGGGGCAGUGGUUCUGCCGCUGCUGCUGGCAGAGGUGGGUCGCCACCGAGACCUGGCGGGCGGCCGCUGCCUGCGAGGAGGAGGCCGGCCACCUCUGGCAGGAGGUGCACAGGGCGGAGCCGCACAUGUGGCGCGGGCCUUCGGGCAUCUCGCGGCUCGGAGGCGCGUCGGCAGUCGCCGGGGCGCGACCGCGAACGCCCGAGCGGCCCAGGCAAGGGCCAGGGUCAAGGCCAAGCAAAGCCGCUCUGAACGCGGUCAAGGGUUUGCCUAAGUACUCCUUCGUCAAUGUGAACCACGGCACCGCAGUCGACUACGUCCCGAACCUCAAACCUCACAUCGACCUGGACGUCACUGAUCUGGUGGUGAGGGCCUCGAACGUCGCGUCCUGCCUCGACCUGGAGAUCAUCACGGACACUGGAGAGUUCAAUUUGCGCACCUUGUACGCGAAGGAAGAGGACGAAAAGAGUAACAAGUCCAUCAGCCUGGGCUUAACAAAUAUCUUCGACGGCCUGUACUUCGUGGGCGCGUGCAAGGGCCAGGCCAUGACCGCCCUCAAGAACGUCCAGAAAGUGUGGACUGCGAACUUGCAGGUCCUCGCAACGCUCACCGGCAGUGCUGUUUACAUCAAGCUCGCCCAGGGCAGUGAACUCUUGCUGGAGAUGAAGGACAACAAAGGGGUAUCCGCCCCCGCGUCCAUCUUGGCCGCCGCGGCACAGACUGCCAUGGAAGGCAAACUCACCGUCGCCACAGCCUUCGCCGCUCACAUCAUCAAGGCUACCAUCGAGCCGCUCAAGGGCGAGGAGGAGAAGAAGAAGGCCGCGACGGGUUCGAGGCAGAAGCUCAUUGAUAAAAACAUCGAGGACACCGAGCUCUGCAACUCCCUGCAGGCCGCCCUGGAUGCGGGGGGGAAAGGCAAGGGCAAAGCAGGUGACGAGACGUGCCUGCGCGAGGCAUCCGCGCGAGGCACUGUGCACACGAGGGAUCUGCACCACAGCGUGAGGGGGAUCCGCGAAGCAUCGCGAAGGUCGCUGGAGGGAGACGCGCAAGGCACGCUGAUCUUCCACGACGAGACGCGGGCGGCCGCUUGCGAUACACGGCCAGCGCCGUGCCCCCCGUUGGUCCAGGACGCUCGAGGCUGGGUGUACGGCUACGGCUUCUCUUACCUCUACCGUCGCGAGGCCGCCCUGCAGUGCCCCUUCCCGGACGGGUCCUUCUUCGCCGAGGACUCGGCGUUCAUGCACGGCCUCCAGCUGCGCGGCGGUGGGCGCGGGGUGGCGCUCACCCGCGACGACGUGGGGCUGGCGCUCCACAUGCAGCACGGCGGCAACUUGUCCAACUCGCACGCGCACGUGGAGGUGGCAGCGUCCGAGAUGGCCGCGGCGCCGGUGUCGCGGGCCCCUGGCUUCGAGUGGUACGUCACCUCGUUCCGGCCCCGGCCAGCAUUCGACUCGCCGCACCUCACGCUCGGGGCCGCCCGCUUCGCUGCCGGGGCCGCGAGCCCGCGGGACCCGGCCCGCCUCUGCGCCCUGCUCGCCAGCAUCGGCGUCGUGGCCCGCUGCCGCGCCGGGCGCCCCGGCGCCGCCGGCUGGUGCGAGGACGCGGCGUCCGCCCUGGUCUCCUUCUCGGUCAGGCUCGGCCCCGGCCGCUGGGUGGAGGAGCCUGGCCGGGUGCUCCGGGCCGUUGCCCGCUUCUCCGCCGAGGCGCUGCUGCCGGCUGACGUGCCGCGGGCGCAGGACCCGGCGCGGCUCGCGCUGCUGCACGUGGCGCGGCUGCUGCUGCGGCGGACGCGCGGCAGGGGACCCGCGGCGAGCAGCGCCAAGAGGGCCGCAACCCCGCGGCGCGUCAACGUGUCGCACGACGAUCUGCAGAGCGUCCUCGGGAGCUUCAAACACGACCUCUGCAGGAGGGCCGACCUCGACCUCGUGGCCCUGGUCGAGGCAGGCGGCCGCGACGCAGACAAGGCUAUCCAGCUUGCGAUGCCGCGGGCGCUGGAGAAGGUCCGCGGCUCCAAGAACGCGAAGGAGGACGAGCCCGCCCUGGGCGAUCUCCUCUUCGGAGACGCAGCUUCGAGCUCUGGAGAGGCGGACCCAGUGGCCAGGCGGCCCGCCCACGUCGACAUCGCGGCCUUCACCGAGCUCGGCCGCGACGCCGCGGGCACUCCGUGGAGCAUGUCGCCCCGCGGCAGGCAGAGGAUUAUAUUCGGGCGCCUCGGGGACCACGAGGGCGUCUGGGAGAUGCUCGCGUCCCUCCAUUCUCUGCGCAGGUCGCGGCAUCGUGACCUCCUCUGUGCCCGGAUCGGCCAGUUCCUGAUGGCCACGCAGCAGUCAGUGAAUGCGACUGGCUCCUGGAGGCUGGCCUGGCUGAUUGCGGGUCUCCCAGGCCCUCGGCCGGGAGCGGGUCGGGCGGCGACAGGCCGCGCACACCCCGCGGAGUCUCCGGCCUCGGUCGCCCACUUGCGGGAUGCAGAGGCAUUCGAGACCGCCCCCCAGAGAGGGGGCGGGGACGCCGCCAAGGAUUGCGCCGGCAAGGGCCGCGUCUGGGACGAGAAGUCGAACAACUGGACCGACAAUGAAGGGCAGGUGGAGCUCAGGUAUCUGGCCCUGUACUCGCUUCGUGGGAAUGCCGUGCUAGGAUGCAGUUUUCAGAAAUGUGCAAUCACCACCAGUGGCAAGGCAGCCAGGCGCAAUCAAAUGAUUAUAGGCCCCGCGGAGCCCCCAGUGGCCCCCGCGGAGGCCCAAGGUGGGGACGCCUCCCUGAAGCGGCUGCUCUCCGCGGUGCUCCGCAAGUCCACGGAGUGCCGGCAGAAGGUUGCGCAAGACAACUCGUUGACGACCGAGCUCUCUGUUGUCUCCGAGUUGGAGCGCAAAAAGGCUGCGGAGGACCAGUACAAGGAAGUCAAAACCAGCAUCAACGAGGACGUGAGCCAGGGUGAGGAUAUCGACUUCUACGAGCGGGCAAAGUUCGUCCCCAUGCGGCUCACGUACGACGAGCGAAAAUAUCUCCGGCUGAUCGACGCAACGAUGCACGUGUCGCACUACACGGACCACAUGGACAACGCUACGUCGGUGAAGAUCAGCGCGCCUCGAAAGCUCGCCCUGCAGAUGAAGCAGCUGUGCGCGAUCCUGAGUGGUAUGCAGGUCGCGCACAGCUACGAGCAGGGGCAGCAGCUCAUGCAGAGCCGGGAGUUCAGCGGCAAGGCCGCCUUCUUCCAGACGGGGCUGGAGAUCGGCCGGAGGUACAAGAUCUUGAACCCUGAGCGCAUGCGGGACUCAUACGGCAAGCUCAUGUAUUUCUUGCAGGACUCCCGCAAAACCGACGUCCGCGAGCUCAUCGAGUUCGACAGCGUCGUGCGGGUGCGGACGGUGUACGACGUGCUGAGCAAGACCGCCAGGGGGUUGGAGAUGCUCGAGGACUCGCAGCUCCGCACCGCGACCAUGGAGAUCAUGCCCGAGGGGAAGAGCCGCAUGCAGAUCCAGCGCGAGAUCAAGGCAAAGGAGGCUGCGAUCAAGUCGCUCUCCAAGACCUACUGCUCCGUUGCGCGCCGGCGGAAGCACCACGGUUUCCACGGCUACUCGAUCGGCCUGCUGCGCUCCAACUACGCGGACUCCGACUCCGAGGACGACGCGAAGAACGGCGAGGAGCUCACCGAGGACCUCGUGGAGCAGUGCAUCUACUCCCUGGGGGACCACAGCACGUACCUGAGGUUCAACAGGGAGCCCUGCGACCGCCUCAUCACCUUCCUCAAGGAGUUCUUCGACCCCGUGGACCCGGGGCCGCCCCAAUACUCCUUGGCGAUUGAGGAGGGCGUGGACGGCGCCAGGCUCUCGCAUCCUCACACCAGGCAGUACACGUUCGUGCUGCAGUCCAUGACCCUCUGGCGAGAGGUCCUGGACAACAUGUUCCAGCUGUGGCACCUUGCCGAGGAGGACCUCCUGGACGAGGAGCACUGCUACCAGCUCACGGACACCGGCCAGGGCCUGCAGCGGGUCCAGAAGUCGCCCCGGAGCGUUGUCGCCAUGCAGAAGAUCCUGGCCAAGGUUCAGCGAAAGGUCGGGGGCUGGAUUGGGUCGAGCACUGUGCACCUUGGAGAUCACAACGUGCCCAAUGCCCUCAUGUUCAUCGACAAGUACAUCCAG